AUGAUUUCGUCUUCAAUUAGGUUCAUCGUAUCGGGAAUUCACCGGACUCGAACCCUAAAAUCGCCGGCACAUCCUCCGAGACUCUGUAUCUCCGUGCCUAGACUCCUCCACUCUGAGUCAAAUUCGCCGGGAAGUGGACGAAGAUCUGCUGGUUUCAGCGACAGUAUGAGCAGCGUUGAGAGAACCGGGUCGGAUUCGGGCGCGAUCGAGAAUCGGGCGAGCAGGAUGAGGGAGAAGCUGCAGAAGGAGCUAGAGCCGGUGGAGCUAGUGAUCGAGGAUGUCUCGUAUCAGCACGCCGGUCACGCCGGGAUGAAAGGUAGAACCGACGACGAGACGCAUUUCAACGUGAAGAUCGUCUCAAAGGGAUUCGAAGGAAUGAAUCUGGUGAAGAGGCACAGGCUAGUGUACGAUUUGCUCCGGGAGGAGCUGGAUAGUGGAUUACACGCUCUUUCCAUCGUCUCCAAGACGCCGUCGGAGUCCAAUCGUUAG